GACGGACACAGGUUUGUUGUAGAUUUCAUUCACAACAAGUAAUGCACGUACUCGUGAGUCCCAGACAGUGAUUUAACCAUCCUCUGCUCAGCUUUGACGCCAUUUGUGUAACAUGGAGCCAGACAAGGACCUAAACCCGGACAUGGAUGACCUUCCACUCCGAGCCAAUACUAACCACAUACUUGUCAGACAUUAUGUGCUGGACCUGACUAUUCAUUUUGACAGGAAGGUCAUCAGUGGUAGUGUUGUUCUGUUCCUGGAGCCUUGCUCUGGAUUAGGGACUAAGGCUGAGGAUGACAUUGGACCUGGAGCUGGGACUAUAGAGGCCGGAGGGAGUCGGGAUGUGUCCGUGUGUAGAUCUUGCGAUAUGGAUACAGUGGAGGAUGGUACAAAAGGACUUGGGGAGACUACGACAAGGAUGGAGAAGAUGUCUGGUGCUAGUGAAAUGGAUGGAGCUGAAUUUCAGGCUUUGUCUGCCGUGGGGUCGCAGACUGCAUCUGAAACCGAAAACAUUCAGUCUUCACAUUCGUGGGAAACCACCAGUGACGAUGAUUUCACCUUAGUGCUCGACUGCUGUGACUUGGAUGUGUCAAAGGUGGAAGAGGUGGACGUCACCUCUGUGUCAUCCAUGGUUGCAUCUGAGAGGUCAGAUGUCAGUUCAGUGAACCCACAAGCAGCCUUUAUUCAGAACCUUAUGUCAGUGCCCUCUAGCCGAUGGAGACAGAAGCAACAGCUGUUUCUGCUGUGUAGCCGUGCCCAUGGGGCUCAGGACGGCAGCUCACUGCAUUUUCAGAGAGACCGAUGGAGUCUGCAGGUGAGGAAGAAGGGGGUCGCGACACCUCAGGAGUUCCCUCGUGCUCUCAGGAUCUGCUAUGAGACGAGGCCAACCGGAGGCUCUGUGAGGUGGACCAAAGACCAGGACAACAGGGUGUGUGUUUACACUGCCGGUUCUCCCAUCAACAACCGAGCUCUCUUCCCCUGCCAGGAGCCGCCUGUUGCCAUGUCAACAUGGCAUGCAACAGUACGGGCCCCCAGUGAGUGUGUGGUUUUGAUGAGUGGGGAGGAGCAGGCUGUACCUAUUGAGGACGGGGACACACCCUUCUUAAUCUGGAAUUACUACGUCACUAUGCCCAUGCCUGCCUCCACCUUCACCUUGGCAGUGGGUCACUGGCACCAAGUCACAGCAGAAAUUCCCCCAGCAUUGGAAAGAGGGGUGAGGGCCGGGGCGCAUUGUAGCAAGAUCGCCAAACUCGGGGCUGGGCCUGGGGAAUGGACCGAGGCUGACCUUAGGUCUGGGCUUGUAAGCUCCAUUAGUGAAGUAGUAAAGGGCUCUCCACUCAAGACUGGCAGCGGAGACCAGACCACCCGCUCAGACUCUGCAUUCUGUUACUCUUCCCUUGAGGAUGAGGGGCUCUCUGUAACUGAUGAUUCAGGCAUGGUGGAUGAUGGCAUCUGUUGUUCCCAUGGCGACUACCCUUGCCGAUUUACUGAGCAGUCGGCUAGGUCCCAGCGGGUGAUUCCACACCGUGUGUUUGGCCCCGUCUGCUUGCUGCAGAAGGCCCAGGGAGUCCUCAAGCUGUUGCCUCGAUGUUUGGCUGCAGCUCACACCGUUCUGGGUGUUCACCCCUUUCCUCGCCUUGAUGUUCUCAUCGUGCCGGCAGGAUUCUCCAGUCUGGGCAUGGCCAGCCCCCAUAUCAUUUUCCUAUCUCAGAGUGUGUUGUAUGGUGGGAGUCUUGGUUCUGGAGAGAAUGGCCUGUCUCUGUGUGGGUCCAGGAUGUGCCAUGAAAUCGCCCACUCCUGGUUCGGCCUAGUUAUUGGAGCCAGAGACUGGACUGAGGAAUGGAUCAGCGAGGGCUUUGCCACGUACCUGGAGGACAUUAUCUGGGCCCAAGCACAACAACUCUCCUUACAAGAGACAGCAGAACAGUCUGACCUGAAGGCACUGCUGAGGUGGAGACGACUCUUUGAUGAGUUGCAGAACUCUGAGGAGGCCCUUCAAAUCCUCAGGCCUAACUUGGAGAACACUGGUCAGGUCAGUGAGUCUGGCUCCUCCACGGUUAAACAUGCCCUCAACCCUGAGAAAACCUUCAUGCAAGUCCACUACCUCAAGGGUUACUUCCUCCUCAGGUUCUUGGCCAGUCAAGUGGGAGAGCAACAAUUCAUCGACUUCUUCAGAUCAUUUGUAAAGAAAUACCACGGGCAACUCAUUUUGUCUCAGGAUUUCCUACGAAUGCUGCUGAUUACCUUUCCCAGCAUGGAGAGUAUAAAAGGCCUCACCCUCAAUGCUAUUUAUGCUGAUUGGCUGGAUCGACCGGGAAUUCCAAAGUGGCUGUAUGAAAGGAGCGCCGUGUGGUCACAGACAAGGCUGGUGGAAGAAGUCAAAGCAGAGUCUCUCCCUCUGUCUGUCUCUGAGUGAAGUGCGGCACACAGCUCUGUACAUCUGUUGCGUGUUGUUCUGUGUCGCCUAUCAGAUUUCCUAUAAAACUCCCAUGUUCUUAAUUGCGUUGCCUAUAUUUUCCAAAUCUCCCAUUAAUCUCUCAGUUUAGAUAAAACCGAAUCAGACCGGGAACAGAAUUUUUGUCAAUUAUAUUAUAAAUAACUUGAAACGCAAAGAAUAGUUGAGUGAUUUUGCCAUUUAGAAAAGACUCAUCCACUUUAUGUGCCGUUUAAGUGCUAGGAAACCUCAUGUUUAAAUUUUUUUUUUUACUGUAUUACGACAGUGAAUUUAUACUGAGAUAUAAAGUGAAGCGGAGGAGAGGAGAUAGAGUUUGGCUUUGAUAGUGAUUGGCUGUUUAAUGGAGAUCUAUGGUGUAGGGAGUUGCUGCUCUCCAGGCUCCGUCACUGCAACAUACUUUCACUAUUACUCUUUUGCCUCAGCCGGCCAUUUGUGUUGGUUAUAUAUGGAGCACAAGUGAGCGCUGAAAGGUUGGAAUUAAUGUGCGUGUGUGUAAGAGGGAGGGAGAGAAGGCGCUAUCAACAGUUGUGUCUAUACGUGUGUGUCUGUGUGUCUGUGUGUGUCUGUGUACUUUACACUCUGACAAGGGUUUCCUGCCAGUGGCUUACUGAGAGUGUGUAUAUGUAUAUUCCUGUGUGCAUUUCCACUUGGAAAGUGUGCCUUAAGUCUGUUUGCAUUUUUAUUUUUCUGCUAUUGGAUGAGACCACUCACUCUCUCUUUUUUUUAUGUCUCUCUCUGUAUGUCUGUCAUUGUUACACCUUUGUGAUUACUUCUCUGCUGUCCCCUUAUUCUCUUUCUCCUUCCGACUGUCAUCCCGCUCACUCAAAACCUGCCACUUUAUUGUCUCUUCUCUAUCUCUACCCUUCCUUCUUUUUCCCGCCUUCACCACCUUACCUCACCCCCCCCAUCUUCCGCCCAUCCCUC